AUGUCGGUGACGAAGGCGACGUCCGGAGCACUAUUCUUUUCCGGUGCCACGUUGUUGGUCUCGCUAUUCGCUGCGGCCUCAAUUCAUUCGCAAGUCACUUCGAUUUGGAAUGAGCUUGACAAUGAGAUCGACAGUUUCAAGUCGUUGACCAAUGACAUUUGGGGAGAUAUGGUGAAUUUGGGCGCCGGAUCAGCCGCCAAUCGAAUUCGUCGACAGGCUUAUGGCGGUUACGGAGCUAGCGGAACUAGCGCUCCUGAGCCAGUUCCACAGGGUGACAAGGCUCCACUGCCAGUGCCAACCAAUCCAGGAUUCCCAUUCAUUCCAGGACCGGGUGGAAACAAAUGCCAGUGCACCGUUGAGAACAACUGUCCAGAAGGCCCGGCGGGACCCGAAGGAGAACAGGGACCUGAUGGAGAAGACGGAUUAGACGGUGAGCCAGGAGUCAACGGCUUCGACGCUCCUGAUGUCGAGCAACAACCAUCGCAAGGUUGCUUCACAUGCCCACAGGGCCUGCCAGGUGCGCCGGGACCACAAGGAUUGCCAGGAAUUCGCGGAAUGCGCGGAGCCCGCGGACAACCUGGAUAUCCAGGACGCGACGGACAACCGGGUAUGCCAGGUGAGAUGGGACCGCCGGGACCGCCAGGAAACGAUGGCGAGCCGGGAAAACCAGGAGACAAGGGAGACGACGCCGAGAAGCCCGUUGGAAGACAGGGACCACGCGGGCAGGCCGGCGAGCAGGGACCAGAAGGACCAGAAGGAACGCCAGGACGUGACGCUUAUGAAGGACCAGCAGGACCUGUUGGUGAGCAAGGACCACAAGGAUACCAAGGAGCCGCAGGACCUGAUGGCAAUGAGGGACGCCCGGGACCAGCUGGACUCCCAGGAAAGGAUGCCGAGUACUGCAAAUGCCCAGCAAGAGAGGAACAUUCCGGAUCGAACGGAUGGCGCAGAAAGCACAGAAGAUUCAUCUAA